CGGUUAGCUUCACCGACUCUUUUUUUUUUUUUUUUUUAGUUUUUUUUUACUCAUCCUGAGAGGCGCGGCCGGCAGCUUCGCUCUAACGUUAUAGCGUCUGAGUUAUUUCCAGUUCAGACGAGUUCACAAGUGGAGGAAACGAGGCAGGAUGUACCAUGAAGAAAGCGCAACGAUACAAAAGCCACGCUAUGGAACCAUUCAGGAUGACGAGAGGCUCUCGGCGGAGGAGAUGGAUGAGAGGAGGCGACAGAAUAUUGCCUACGAGUAUCUCUGUCACCUGGAGGAGGCCAAACGGUGGAUAGAGGCCUGCUUGGAGGAGGACCUGCCCCUGACCACAGAACUAGAGGAGGGACUCAGGAACGGUGUCUACCUUGGCAAACUCGCCAACUUCUUUGCCCCCAAAAUGGUGCCAGUGAAAAAGAUCUACGACAGAGACCAGUCCCGUUUUAAGAGCAAAGGCCUACACUUUAGACACACUGACAACACGGUGCAGUGGCUCAGAGCCAUGGAGUCAGUGGGACUCCCCAAGAUAUUCUAUCCCGAAACGACAGAUGUGUACGAUCGCAAAAACAUGCCCAAGGUGGUGUACUGCAUACACGCACUGAGCUUGUACUUGUACAAACUGGGAAUUGCACCACAGAUCCAGGACUUGCUGGGGAAGGUGGCGUUUACAGAGGAGGAGAUCAGUAACAUGAGGAGUGAACUGGAGAAAUAUGGCAUUCAGAUGCCAGCUUUUAGUAAAAUUGGAGGUAUCCUGGCCAAUGAGCUUUCAGUGGAUGAAGCUGCAUUGCAUGCUGCUGUGAUUGCCAUCAACGAGGCAAUUGACAAAGGUCAGGCCGCUGUGACCAUGGCAGCCCUAAACAAUCCUAACGCUAUGCUAAAGAACACCCAGGAGGCUCUGGCUCAAGACUACCAGGACACACUGAGCAAGGCCAAGGCGCGCAAACAGGAUCAGUCUUCAGGGAGGCGGUCCUCAGUUGCUACUGAAGAAAGAGAUGUUUAUGAAGAGCUGCUGACUCAACAGGAAAUCCAGAGCUGCAUUGACUUUGUCAACUUCCAGGCAGCCAUAAGGCAGGUGAAUGAAGCAGUGUCGUCCCAGGAUGAAGCUGCUCUGUUGGCUGCACUUAGGCUUGAAGCUCUGGCCCUGCUGGGUGUUCAGGAGGCAAACUGUCGCUGGUACAUGGAACAUUUCACCACCUACUCCCAACAGAAAUCUAAGGAUGGAGGAAGGGCUGGGAUGCUGGAUAAAGAAGAGAUUCAACGAGUUGUCAGCUCUUGCAAUGACUUUGCUGAAGCAGAGAAACGAAAACUUGAAGCAGUUGCAGCGAUCAACACAGCCAUUCGUCUUGGCAAUGCAGCGGCGACAGUGGAGGAGCUGAUGAACCCUGAGGCACAGCUGCCGAUUGUCUACCAAACGGCUGCCAACCUCUACCAGACUGAGCUUUUCAGUUUGCAGCUGCAGGGAGGGCGGUCUGGACUGAGCCACGAGGAGCUGAGUGUAGCUGUGGAGAUGCUGUCAGCUGUGGCAGUGCUGAACGAGGUGUUGGAUACCAAAGAUCCCCAGGCGGUGAUUGAGCAACUUACAGACUCUCCUCUGGGCUUCACCAACAUAGACCAAGAUAACCUCAAUAGGUAUGCUGACAUGCUUAUUAAGCAGCGAUCUGAGGCUCUUGCCAAGGGCCAAGAGUUCCUCACCUGGAACGAUGUUCAGAAGUGCAUCGACACAGUCAACAUACAGGUCCACGAAGAGCAUGAACGCAUCAUAGCUAUAGCUGAGAUCAAUGAGGCCCUUAACUCAGGUGAUCAUCAGCAGACACUCGCAGCCCUGCUCCUCCCUACAGCCAAGUUGACAGGAGUGAACCCAGCCACUGCCAAACACUACCAUGAUGUCCUACAACAUAUAAAACACCUUCUCUGUCAGAGCUCCGGUGAUGAAUCGGCAGUACUGUGGCUGGACCAAAUCCAAGAGGCCAUACUAACAGCCAACCAGGAUGAGGAGGAGGCUCUCGCGUUGGCCGGAGCAGUAGCUCACAUUAACAAGGCAGUGGUUGAGGGAGACUCCCAGAAUACAUUGCUGGCUUUACAGGUUCCCAGUGCAGGAUUGAAAGCAGUUCUCCCUGAAUGUGCUGACACGUAUCAGGACAAACUGGCACAGACACAAACAAACAGCGCUACAAACGGUGUCACUGAUUGUAUGUGGGUAAGACACUGCAUAAAGGGCAAAUAUGACUACUACUACAACCUGGAGACCGGAGAGGGCGUCUGGGAGAAGCCUGAAGGAUUUGAACACAAUGGUGGCCAGCUCAGUAAAGACGAAAUCCAGAAUGUCGUCAGCUGUGUGACUGCAGAAUAUAACAGGGGACAGUUAUGGCUGGCCAAUGAAUCCUUCGUGAUCCAGCUACAGGCGAGGAUCAGAGGUCACCUGGUCAGGAAAAAGCAUGGCCAGAGAAUGGAGUACCUGCGUCGACAAGAACCACACGUUGUCAAACUGCAGGCUUGCUGGAAAGGUUACAAGCAGAGGAAAAUGUACAAAGAGAGGAUCAACUUGCUUCAGAAAAAUGUUGCAUCUGUUGUCAAGAUCCAGUCUUGGGUUAAAAUGUGGAAAGCAAAACGUAACUACAGCCAGAGACUGCAGUUCUUCAAAGCUCACGAAAAAGAAAUUGUUAAGAUCCAGGCUUUUCUGAAGGCCAACAAAGCCAGAGAUGACUACAGAACCCUAACUGGGGCAAAAGAUCCUCCACUGUCAGUGGUGCGUAAGUUUGUCCACUUGCUGGAGCAGAGCGCCCUGGAUCUACAGGAAGAGCAGCAAGUGACACGGCUUAGGGAGGAAGUGGUCACAAAGAUUCGCUCCAACCAACAGAUGGAGAAAGACUUGAACCUGAUGGACAUAAAGAUUGGACUGCUGGUGAAGAACAGGAUUACUCUGCAGGAUGUUGUGUCCCAUAAUAAGAAAAUGAAGAGCAAGAAAAAUAAGGCUAAUAAAGAUGACCUGACUGGAGUGGACAGACUGGGUAUUAAGGGUCUAAGUAAAGGCAAGAGACGGAAACUGGAGGCGUACCAACAUCUCUUUUACAGGCUACAGACUAAUCCAUCCCACUUGGCUAAGCUGAUCUUCCAGAUGCCCCAAAACAAGUCCACCAAGUUUAUGGACACAGUGAUUUUCACCUUGUACAACUAUGCCUCUAACCAAAGAGAAGAAUACCUGCUACUAAAGCUCUUCAAGACUGCCCUAGAAGAGGAAAUCAAUUCUAAGGUGGACCAGAUCCAGGACAUAGUGACAGGCAACCCAACCGUCAUCAAGAUGGUGGUGAGCUUCAACAGAGGCGCACGUGGUCACAACACCCUCAGGCAGCUGUUGGCUCCAGUGGUCAAAGACAUCAUUGAGGACAAGAAUUUAGGCAUCAACACUAACCCCGUGGACGUGUACAAAGCCUGGGUCAACCAGCUGGAGACGGCUACCGGAGAGGCCAGCAAGCUUCCCUAUGAAGUGACUCCUGAACAGGCCAUGUCACAUGAAGAAGUUCGCCACAGGCUGGAGGCCUCCAGUCAGGCCCUACGUGCUGCUACGGAUAAGGUCCUAAACUCCAUUGUGUCGUCACUGGAUAAUAUCCCCUAUGGCAUGAGAUACAUAGCAAAAGUUCUGAAGAACAGCCUCCAUGAAAAGUUUCCAGAUGCCUCAGAAGAUGAGCUGCUGAAGGUUGUGGGAAACCUGCUGUACUACCGCUACAUGAACCCAGCUAUUGUGGCGCCCGAUGGCUUUGACAUCAUUGACAUGUCGGCCGGAGGGCAGCUUCACUUGGACCAGCGUCGCAACCUUGGAUCUGUGGCAAAGAUGCUUCAGCAUGCUGCUGCCAAUAAACUGUUUGAGGGCGAGAACGCACAUAUGACUCCAAUGAACAACUACAUAUCCCAGACAUACGAGAAGUUUAGGUUAUUUUUCCAGUCAGCAUGUGAUGUCCCUGAACCUGAGGAAAGGUUUAACGUCGACGAAUACUCAGACAUGGUGACCUUGAGCAAACCUGUCAUCUACAUCUCGAUAGAGGAGAUCAUCAACACCCACUCGCUGCUCUUGGAACAUCUGGAGGCCAUCUCUCCAGAUCACAAUGACUUGCUGCACGAGCUGCUCCAGGACCUGGGAGACGUCCCUGAUGUAGAGACGUUGCUUGGUGAAGGAGCAGUAGACCCAAACGACCCGAGCAGAGAAAGUGCUCUGACUCAGCUGGCAAAGAUCGAAAUCUCCCUCACCCUCACCAACAAGUUUGAGCUGCUGGAAGGAGAUGACAAAGACAUGAAGACUCUGAUGACAAAGACAAAAAAGCUAAUAGUGGAUGUGAUUCGAAUUCAGCCUGGAGAGUCCUUGCCUGAAAUUCUUGAGACCCCAGCUACUGCACCACAGGAGACGGAGCAUACUACAGUUGUAGCGCGCAGGGCAGUCCAGGAUGCUCAGACACCAGAGGGGCUGAAGAGCAGCCCGGCAGUACUGGAGGACAGCCAGCUGCCUCUCGAGCAGAAAAAGAGGAAGAUCCUGAGGAAUCUUCGCAGCCUGGAGCAGGCUGGCCUCGUCACUGCAAGCAACAAAUACCAGGACCUCAUCAACGACAUAUCCAAGGACAUUCGCUACCAAAGGCGCUACAGACAGAGGAGGAAGGCCGAGCUUGUGAAGCUCCAGCAGACUCUAACGGCGCUCAACUCGAAAACUACGUUCUACCAGGACCAGAUGAAUUACUACGACACCUACAUCAAGACGUGCCUGGAUAACCUUAACAGGAAGAAUUCACGACGAUCUAUAAAGCUGGACAGCAAAGGAGACAGUAAGGGCAGCAAAAAGUGGAAACCCCAGUCUCUGAAGUACACCGCAGGGCGACUGCACGAGAAGGGAGUCAUCCUGGAGAUAGAGGGUCUUCAGACAAACCAGUUCAAAAAUGUCAUGUUUGAGAUUUCACCCACUGAGGAAGUUGGUGACUUCGAGGUGAAGGCCAAAUUUAUGGGGGUCGAGAUGGAAAAAGUCCAGCUUCAUUUCCAGGACCUCCUACAGCUACAGUACGAAGGCGUGGCCGUCAUGAAGAUGUUCGACAAAGCCAAAGUGAACGUCAAUUUGCUCAUAUUCCUCCUGAACAAGAAAUUCUAUGGAAAAUGAAAAUAUAAAGUGCAUGAGGGAGAAAGCAGCAGACUGAGAGGAAACACAUUGUGCCUUCUGAUAGUAGUCAGUUAAUUUAGUCUGGUUCAAGACAGCGUUUUGUUUCGUCUGCUUAUAAUUUGAUGGAUCACACCAAAAUGAAAUGUUCUGUAUUUUUCCACGUGGUAACUGUAAAUGUAAUGUAUUUUUAAGAAUUAAAUUGUAAUGGCAUUGAUGUUUGUAUGUUUAAAAAAAAAAAAAAAAAAAAAAACGGGAAACACUGUCACCUUGUAUCUUUAAAAAACCAAACAAAAAAAAAACUGGAAACUCUGAACGUGGCAGUAGUUUCUCUGUUCAGAAAUGUGGAGCAAUUUUCCCAGUUUACCAGUGCCUUUUUAAUUAAAGCAUUUAACGAAAAAUGUUUUAAGUAAUAAACUAUUCAACAAUUUUAAAAGCUACAACUGAUGUAUUUUUAAUAUGGAACUAUUAUCUUCAAAUAAAUGAUUUAUUAUAUUUAAUGUGCAUAAUAAAUGACUUGUGUCCAAUCUGA